AUGGCUAAUCUUGCGAAUACCAUGGAGGCGAAUGCUUCUAUGACUCUGCAAGCUGUGCAGAGGCUGGGUCAACCGGCGGGAAACAAGAACGGUAAUGGAAAUGGGAACGAAAAUGGGGAAGGAAACGACAAUGACUUGGGCGGUGCUCCAAUGACUUUGGCUUCGUUUCUGAAGGUUCAUCUACCAACUUUCAAAGGUUCGACCAACUCAACUGAAGCGAACAAUUGGUUCCGAGCUAUGGAGCACGCACUACAGGCUCAACAUGUCCUGGCUAACCAAUACGUGGAGUUUUUGGCUUAUCAACUGUUAAGAGAGGCACAACAUUGGUGGCAAGGAGAGUGCCAGUUGAUGCGACUUUUGAAUGCAGAAAUCUCUUGGGAUGCAUUUCAAAUGGCGUUCUACAAGAAGUACUUUUCUGAAUCUACAAAGGAAGCGAAGGAGAUGGAACUUAUGCAGAUGAAGCAUGGUUCCUUAUCUGUGGCGGACUAUACUAGCCGAUUUGAGGAGCUCUAUAGGUACUCUAGGGUGUGUCAGGAUUUGGAUUUUCUCCGAUCUGGUGAACAAAUCGAGAGUUGUGAGGAAUAUGCACAGACGGUAGCCUCGUCAAGAGACACUCGUGGAGGAAACACUAAUAGGGAAUGUGACGAUUAUCUUGGACCGAGGGGACAAAACGUCAAGAGAAAUGGUAAAGGGAAGUGGUCAAAAGCUUACUCCUCUAAUAUUAAAUUUCAGGAGUGUGGGAACUACCAUCCGAAUAAGCCAUGCCGGUUGGGUAUGAAACUACGUUACAAGUAUAAUGCACCGGAACAUUUGGUUAGAGAUUGUCCACACCAAGGAACACAUGAGGCGGGUCGAUCACAACAACAAGGUAGAGGUUUUGAAAAAUAUUACAAAAUUAGUAUUUGGUUUAAGAAAAAUUUUCGGAUUCUUAAUGAUAAUUAUCAGAGUGAUGCGGCAGAAGGCGAGAGAGAACUUCAACACCGUAGGAUGAUGGUAAAUGAAAUGCUUUGGUAA